CUGUAACCGCAUUCGGCCCGCCCUCCGCACCUCUAUAAGAGGCGCGCAGAAGAGCGCACACGGAGCACCGCCCCCAGGCGCGCUACUUGUCUGGCUUCCUCAAGCGCCGCACCGCUGUCCCCACAGCUGUAGGACACUGGUUCCUCCCCUUCGUGGCCCCCAGCGCGGGCUGAUUUGUCGUCUCCUCUGCUCCCUUGCUUUCCCGGACUUAGGCAGUCUUCCACUGAUUCGCAGGUGAGCAACGCUGUAGCGCCGCUGUCCCGCAAGCUCACCUAGCACAGCCCAGCGCCGGCGCAAAACUCUGGUACCCUGAAUGAUGAAGAACCCGAUGCUGGAAGCGGUGUCUCUCCUCCUGGAGAAGUUGCUCCUCAUCUCCAACUUCAAGCUCUUGGGCGUGUGCGCUCCCGGAGGAGGGACAGGGAGGAACCGUCCCUAUGAAAUUAGCUCUUUUCUCCGGGGCGAUGUGCUGGAGGUGUCACGGACUCAUUUUACCCACUACGGGAUCUACCUGGGGAACAACCGUGUAGCCCAUCUAAUGCCUGACAUCCUGUUGGCGCUGACCAAUGACAAGGGACGCACUCAGAAAGUGGUCUCCAAUAAGCGUCUCAUCCCCGGAGUCAUUUGCAAGGUGGCCAGCAUCCGUGUGGACACAGUAGAGGACUUUGCCUACGGAGCAGACAUCCUCGUCAAUCACCUAGACGAGACUCUCAGGAAGAAAUCAUUGCACAACGAGGAGGUGGCAUGCAGGGCUGAGCAGCAAUUGGGGCUGACCCCCUACAGCCUGCUGUGGAACAACUGCGAACACUUUGUGACUCACUGCAGAUAUGGCGCUCGGAUCAGUCCGCAGGCUGAGAAGUUUUAUGAGACUGUGAAGACCAUCAUUCGUGACCAGAGAAGCUGUCUUGCUUCCGCUGUCUUGGGACUGCUGUCCAUUGCCUACACGGGCCUGGCAUCAUAUACGGCCCUUCCUGCACUCUGUAUUCCAUUCUGCUUGUGGAUGAUGUCUGGCUAGCUUCCAGUCGUCACGUGAAUGUGUAUGUAUUUUGUGUGGGACGAUGUUUAUAUUUAUAGAACACAAAACAUUAUAAGCUUGCUGAGAAACUGUGGCUUUCAACACUGUGUUCUAGCUUUUAAACAAGUGAUUAGAGCCCUACAACUUGCUUACCACGUAAGCCACGACAGAGCCCUUCUGUGUCCUCUGGGGCAGGUCUGCUGUGGAGCUGGACAGCCUGUCCGGCCGGACUCAGCGGCCCCAGAAAAGCAGACCCUGAGGUGACAGCCACAGGAGUGGCUGGGGCCACUCUUCCUCCUGUAAUCACUCUGCUGCCAGGCUUACCAACUGAUCACUAACGUCACUGUCAAUGUGUUCUGCUCACUGAAUGACUGACACUAAAGGCAACAUUUUCUCUCAUGUAGAUGAACAUGUUUGAUAAUUAGCCAUAAAGAAACCAAAUCUCAUAUUCUGUUUUGCCUUUCUUCAUGUAAUAAUACAAUUUCAAGUCAGUCAAGAAUAUUAUUUUCAUGUCCUGAGAUCAGUAUUACGGAGCAUAAGGAAUUAACUGUCCAGAAAGCAUAGAGAUGUUUUCUCCUGCACAAACAGUGAUAGUAGCUAUUUAUGUUCACUUUUGAAUAGUCUGGUACUGUAUGGCUACUUUAAAAAAGGUAAACAGAUAGAGGAUUGAAGUAAUUCCAGUAUCUGGUGCACACACACACACACACACACACACACACACACACUCCAUAAAUAUACCAGUACUGCACACAUAUAGAUAGAUAGGUAAACUGUAUUUCUGGUUACUUUAUUAUACUAGUGUAAUUAUAUCUACAAAGGUGAACAUAACAGGUAAACAUAAAAUAAAGUCUGAUUUUCUUCCCUAUGCCCUUCAAUCUGUAUAUAUAUCAUUGGUUAGUUAUUUUUUAAAGCUAAAUUUAUUAACGCCCUUUAAAAAAAAAAAAACCUCAGAUUUGUUUCUGUUAAGUAUUUUCUGGACCAACAAACCUCUCUGCCGAGGCAAUAAGUCAAUCAGACCAAAUUAGAAGACGACCAGCUUUGGUGGACUCCAGUGCUCCUGGACAGACAAAGGAGAACUGGAACAACUCAGAAGAGGGAAAAGGGGCUACCACAUGCUCGUUAGUCCUCUAGGGGGCAGUCUAAAUAGCCUGUGGGAGUGGUCCCGACCUUCCCUGGGGAAGGGUCACCAUUUGGCAGGCUUUCCUGGAGGUGGAGUUUGGACUGAGGCCACUCCCAUAGGAGGUGGCUUGAUCCAGAGUUUAUGGCCAACAUUCCAAGAAGGAUGCCAGGGGGCUGGGGUGAAGCACCCCAAUCAAAUAUUCCAGACUUUUUUGGGUAAAGAUGUUAGGGGCUGAGGUGACGCUUUUAAUUAAACAGUUUUACUGUCCAUUUUCCACUUUAAGUGUAGUUUAUGAACUUAUUAGAGGCGUGUCACAGCAAUAUAUGAAGCCUGAAUAAGUAAGUCAAAGGAAAUUACUCUUUGACAAAAUUAAUAAUGCCUUUACAGAAUCCACUGAACCAGACUGUUGAAGACUUUAGCAAAUUCACUAAAAAUGACAUCACAUGUUGGAGUUGCAUUUCAGGUACUGGAACUGUCUUAUCAGAGGUGGUACAUGCCUAUGACAACUGCAUGCAGAAGGCAGAAAGCAGCAGCAGGUGGAGCGCUCCAGGUCUGUGUGGGCUGGAGGACGACACUUGCCUGUUAAAUGUCAGGAGUUAUAAACCAGGUACUAGAGAGGUGACUCGCAGGUAAGAGCUACUGCUGAUCCUGCAGAGGACCAGAGUUCAGGUGCCAGCAAGCCCUGGUGGCUCACAACCUGUAACUCUUAAUUCCUGAAGCUCCAGCACCCUCUUCUGACCUCCAUGAGCAUAGCACACACACUGGAGACAUACCACCACACACAGGCAAAACACUCACACACAAAAAUUAAAAAUAAAGCUUACAAAAGAAGGAAUCACAAAAUAGCUAAGCAUGGUGCUACAUUGUUAGACCCAACACUUGGGAUGUGAAGGCAGAAGACUGGGAAUUUAAGAGCAGCCUGUUACACAGGGGAUUUAAGACUUGCUUGCAUCACACAGGGGAUUUCAAGACCAGCUUGCACUACACAGAGAGUUCAAGGCCAGUAGGGGCUACAAGACCUAAUCUCAAAACAACAACAAAGAAACCACAAAACAGUGAUUCUAACAGAGAAAAAAAGCAAUUGUUUUAGUCAGUGUUCCAAUAGGAGCAAAACUGAAGAGCAGAUCUUUGUUUAACUGAGGUUUUAUUGCUGCGAGUUUUCCUACAAAAAAUUCAGUUGGGGUAUAAUGAUAAUUAAACUUUGUUUAAUAUCCUAAUUAAACAUUUAAUUACUUACAUGCUUUAUGUAACUAAAACAUUAAGUGGCAAAAUCAAAGAAUCUAGGGCUGGAGAGAUGGCUCAGAGGUUAAGAGCAUUGCCUGCUCUUCCAAAGGUCCUGAGUUCAAUUCCCAGCAACCACAUGGUGGCUCUCAACCAUCUGUAAUAAGGUCUGGUGCCCCUCUUCUGGCCUGCAGGCAGACACACAGACAGAAUAUUGUAUACAUAAUAAAUAAAUAAAAUAUUUUUUAAAAAAUCAAAGAAUCUAAGUGUUCUAUGGGCCUGUUCCAACCACUUACAUUUUAGCCGUAGGCACUGUCAUGCUGAGAGCCAUUGUGUUGGUGUCAUUUCCCUUCACCCUGGGAGCACUUGUGUAAGUGAACUCAUAGUGGGCUGUUUUUCAAACAUCAGUAUUGUAGGCAGCGGAAAAUACUGUUUGACAUUAAAUGUGUUCGUAGACAGUGGUUCUCCUUACAGUCAACAUAAGUAUCUCGACUCUCUUCUGUCAUGAGACCAAGAGGCAAUCCAUCAUUUGUCGGAUGCUCAUCUCACUCUGUGCUAAGCACUGAAGUGUUGCAAUUUCACGUUCAUUUUACUUUUCUUCCUCUUUUUUAGAGACAGGGUCUCACUCAAUAGACCAGAUUUGAUUCAAAUUCACACACAGAGUCAUGCGGGCCUCAGCUUCCCAAGUGCUGGGAUUAAAGGUGUGCUCCACCACUCCUGGCCUAAUACCACUUUUUAUCCAGCUAUAGCAGCCUGUAUAUAGUGUGGGGGAAUACAGAGAAAAGAACAAGCAAUCCUGCCUCAGGAGUCAGGAAUUUACUUGAAGGAGGCAGUAAGAAGCAGGAAGCUGAGACUGAGUUUAUUUUGUUACAAUGACAUCAUUCAACUGUCCUUUGUAGUUGAGGGAGGGAGGAAAGGAAGGAAGGACGGAAAAGGUAAAUGUCCCUCAGCAUUGGAAUUGCUGAACUUGUAGGUAAGAGGGUAUCCCUUUUGUUGCUUCGGUUUGAGUAAUUAGCUAGCAAGAGAAAAGUGUCAGUCACAGAAGAAAUCCUGAGCCAGUCAUUUCUCUCCUAUCCCAAGCAGGCAGGUUAAAUUCCUCCAGACUUCCUCAGUCAAGGUUCAUCCUUAUGACCCAAGUUCCUCAGAUAAUCGUCUAUCUAUUCUACCGAUACAGCGAUACCAUCAUGCUCUCUCUGAAAAAGGCUAUAAACAUCUGUAGGAAGGAGGGACUUCUAGGAAGUAGAAAUUAAUGAUCUCAUUAAAGAAUAAUUAUUUUUCUCUAUCUCCAUUGCAUAAUAGCUUGGAAUGUCACAGCUCCACCCAGGACUAAAAGUAAGGUUCAAUUCUAUUCUUUAAAAAAUCAUUUAAGUUUAUGUGCAUGUGUGGCUGCAUGAGGAUGACCAUGGAGGCCCUGAAGAAGGCAGCAUACCCUGUGGAACUAGGGUUAUAGCUGAGAGCCACCACGGAUAUUCUGGGAACAGAACACAGGUCCUCUGCAGGAGAAGUAGAUGUUUUUAAUCCUUUCGGACAGCUCUCCAGCUCCUCAAAUUCUGUUCUUAACCUCAGUGGGCCUCACCAAAGCCCGGAAGCUUUUGCUUUUUCAUAAAACGACACCUCCCAUUCCAAGCGGGGCGACGGCAUGCAGCACAGGCUACAUGUGAUGGGAGUCAUGCACUGUGGUUUCAAAGCUUGCUAAAACCUAUGCAGCUACUUAAAAACCCAUUUUAUUGUAUGUGUAUAAAUGUUUGCCGGCAUGUAUUUAUGUACACCUCAUGCAUAAGUGGGCAUACAGUGCCUGAAGAAGUCUCCUGGAACUGGAACUACAGAUGAGUCUAAGUCACCAUGUAAGUGCUAGGAACGAAAUCCAGAUCUUGACCCCUGAGCCAUCUCUCUAGAUUCCUCUCUAGCUACAGAUGAGAAGACUGGAAAUAAGUUACUGGCAUUAGAAAGGAUGGGGCUACACAUAUGGGGGUAUCGCUCGCUAGACACAGUCCUCACAUUUCAUUUAUGAAGCCAAAAUACUUCAUAAUCACUAUGUCUGAAAGCAAAGGAACAACAGGCACAAGAAAAGAUAGGGGAGAAAAUAAAAAAAUGUAGCUUUAAAAUAGGGGAUAAAAAUUUACAGCACCUCAGAAUGUUACGGCCAGGUCCUGUUGAGGGGUGCUUCACCAGACCAUCAACAGUGUCUUUAUCUUGACUGUCAACUAGAGAAGACUUGGAAUCACCAUGGAAACAACUAUGUGGACAAGCUGUAAGACACUAUGUAGAUGAGGCUAACCGAGGUGGCAAGGCCUCCUUUACAUGUGGCUAUGUUUCGGGAUUGGAUAAGCAGAGGAGGUGAGCUGGGCACCAGCACUUGCUACUCUAGCUCUUGACUGUGGACACACUGCUGCCAGACAGUCUUUGCCACCAUGGCUGUAGCCUUGUUAUCUGUAAGGUAAAUAAACCCUUCCUUUCUUAAAGAGCUGCUAUUUGGAGGUAUUCUGUCACGAAAAUGAGAAAAGUAAUUAACACAGAGCAAUUAAAAGUUACCUAAUGCCAGACACAUAAGUCCCAAAGAAGACAAACAAAAAUGACGUCAUUCAACAAUGACAGACUUCACAGUAAAUUUUUCAGUGAGGGUGACAUACAUGAAAUUCCAGAGGAAGAACUGAAAAUAAAUAAUAGUCCAACAAAAUAAAAAACACCAUUAAUUUCUGAAUUGAAAUUUUGGAAAUGAAAAGUUCAAUAAGUUGAUAAAAACAUCAAAAACCUUACUAACAGAUCAAGCAGAAGCUACACUAUCAGGGAUUUAAAAUAGGACAGAUAAAUUAGCAACAGCCAGAUAAAAGAGAUAAAUUAAUAAAGAUUAUAAGCAAGGCCUUCAAGAUGCUGGUGCAACAUUAAAAGACAAAGCUUACAAAUCAUGGGAACAGAAGGAAGAGUCAUACAAACUACAGACCAAGAAAAUACACUCGGCAAAAUCACAGCCAAAGCGGGGUGUAGUGCAUGUCUUUAGUCACAGCAUUCACGAGGAAGAGGUAGAUGGACCUCUCUGAGUUCAACACUGGUGUGAUGGGCUACAUUGUGAAUUUGAGGCCAACCAGAGCUAUAUAGAGAGACCUUGUCUCAAAACAAAAGCAAGGAAAAACAAAACAAAACAACAAAAAAAAACUUUUGGCAAAAAUUUCCUAAUCUAUGAUAAGAGACAUUCAUCAAAACAUAGGCCGCAUUAAAAUACCAGUUAAGCCCAAAAAAGAAAGCCCCAAAUCAUUUUAUAUUUAAAACAACUAAGACAGAUAGGUAGCAAAGAGUACUGAAAGCUACAAUAGCAAAGGACCAAGUCACAUCUAGAGACACCUCAUCAGAAUAACAGCACAUUUCUCAACAGAAGCAUGGGAUGAUGUUUGCACGUUACUGUGUGCAGCCAAACUCUCCUCGACAACUGACGGAACAGCAGACCACGGUGACGACAAACUGAGUGCA